GGGAGGGAAGCGCCUGUCGCCCGGGGCUCUGAGCCACUAACUUAGCGGCGGGCAGAGACUCCGCAGCUACCCCCCGCAGCUACCCCCCCGGCUCCCGCCCCGGGCCUAGCAAACUCAGCUGCAGCAGCCUCGCAGGCGCCCCGCGGUCUGCCCCGCGGCGGUGCAGGGCGGGACCAGAGAAGACUAUGGCCAGACUCUUCAGUCCCGGGCCGCCGCCCAGCGAAGACCUCUUCUACGAGACCUACUACAGCCUGAGCCAGCAGUACCCGCUCCUGCUACUGCUGCUGGUGAUCGUGCUCUGUGCGCUCCUGGCCCUGCUUGUUGUCGCCUCAGCCAGCGGCAGGGAGUUGACCUCAGACCCGGGCUUCCUGACCACGGUGCUGUGCGCGCUGGGUGGCUUCUCACUGCUGCUGGGCCUGGCCUCCCGCGAGCAACGACUGCAGCGCUGGACGCGUCCCCUGUCGGGCCUCGUGUGGGCAGCGCUGCUUGCUCUAGGCCACGGUUUCCUGUUUACUGGGGGCGUGGUGAGCGCCUGGGACCAGGUGUCCUUUUUCCUCUUUGUCAUCUUCACUACGUAUGCCAUGUUGCCCUUGGGCAUGCGGGACGCCACUGCUGCGGGUCUUGUCUCGUCACUCUCACACCUGCUGGUCCUCGGGCUGUAUCUUGGGCCUCAGCUGGACUCAAGACCCGCGCUGCUGCCGCAGCUGGCAGCAAACACGGUGUUGUUCCUGUGCGGGAAUGUGGCCGGAGUGUACCACAAGGCAUUGAUGGAGCGGGCACUGCGCGCCACCUUCCGAGAGGCGCUUAGUUCCCUGCACUCUCGCCGGCGGCUGGACACAGAGAAGAAGCACCAGGAACACCUUCUCUUGUCCAUCCUUCCUGCCUACUUGGCCCGAGAGAUGAAGGCAGAGAUCAUGGCACGGCUGCAGGCUGGACAGGGGUCGAGGCCAGAGAACACCAACAACUUCCACAGUCUCUAUGUCAAGAGGCACCAGGGAGUCAGUGUGCUGUAUGCUGAUAUCGUGGGCUUCACGCGGCUAGCCAGUGAGUGCUCCCCAAAGGAGUUGGUGCUGAUGCUCAAUGAGCUCUUUGGCAAGUUCGACCAGAUCGCCAAGGAGCACGAAUGCAUGCGGAUCAAGAUCCUGGGAGACUGUUACUACUGUGUCUCCGGGCUGCCCCUCUCCCUGCCAGACCACGCCAUCAACUGUGUGCGCAUGGGGCUGGACAUGUGCCGGGCCAUCAGGAAACUGCGAGCAGCCACCGGCGUGGACAUCAACAUGCGCGUGGGUGUGCACUCAGGCAGCGUGCUCUGUGGAGUCAUCGGGCUGCAGAAGUGGCAGUAUGAUGUCUGGUCCCAUGACGUCACAUUAGCCAACCACAUGGAGGCGAGCGGCGUGCCAGGACGAGUGCACAUCACAGGGGCUACCCUGGCCCUGCUGGCAGGAGCUUACGCUGUGGAGGAUGCAGCCAUGGAACACCGGGACCCGUACCUGCGGGAGCUAGGGGAGCCUACCUACCUGGUCAUCGAUCCCCGGGCUGAGGAGGAGGAUGAGAAGGGCACUGCAGGAGGGUUGCUGUCCUCUCUGGAGGGCCCCAAGAUGCGUCCAUCACUGUUGAUGACCCGCUAUCUGGAAUCCUGGGGUGCAGCCAAGCCUUUUGCUCACCUAAGCCACAUUGAGAGCCCUGUGUCCACUUCUACUCCUCUCCAGGUGGAAUUUGGUGGAGAGAGAGCAGUCAUUAGAGGCAGCAGAAACAGCCGUAUCAAAUGCUCAAGGUCAAAGGAGAAGGCCCUGGCUUCCUUCAGCCCCCAGUGGAGCCUGGACCGGAGCCGUACACCCCGGGGACUAGAUGAUGAACUAGACACCGGGGAUGCCAAGUUCUUCCAGGUCAUCGAACAGCUCAACUCUCAGAAACAGUGGAAGCAGUCAAAGGACUUCAACCCGCUGACACUGUACUUUCGAGAGAAGGAAAUGGAGAAAGAGUAUCGACUGUCUGCACUCCCCGCCUUCAAAUACUACGCGGCCUGCACCUUCCUGGUUUUUCUCUCCAACUUCACCAUCCAGAUGCUGGUGACAAACAGGCCCCCAGCGCUGGCCAUCACCUAUAGCAUCACCUUCCUCCUCUUCCUCCUCCUCCUCUUCGUCUGCUUCUCAGAGCACCUGACGAGGUGUGUCUUGAAAGGCCCCAAAAUGCUGCACUGGCUGCCAGCACUGUCUGGCCUGGUGGCCACCCGGCCUGGACUGCGAGUUGCCCUGGGCACUGCCACCAUCCUCCUCAUCUUUGCCAUGGCCAUUGCCAGCCUGUUCUUCACACCGGCAACAUCAAACUGCCCUUUCCGGGCUCCCAAUGUGUCCUCCGUGGCUUUCAACCUCUCUUGGGAGCUCCCUGGGUCCCUGCCUCUCAUCAGCAUUCCAUACUCCAUGCACUGCUGCAUACUGGGGUUCCUCUCCUGCUCCCUCUUUCUGCACAUGAGCUUUGAACUGAAGCUGCUGCUGCUCCUGCUAUGGCUGGCGGCCUCCUGCUCCCUCUUCCUGCACUCCCAUGCCUGGCUGUCCGACUGCCUCGUCGCCCGCCUCUAUCAGGGCUCCUUGGACUCCAGGCCUGGAGUGCUAAAGGAGCCCAAACUGAUGGGAGCUAUCUCCUUCUUCAUCUUCUUCUUCACACUCCUUGUCUUGGCUCGGCAGAAUGAGUAUUACUGCCGCCUGGAUUUCCUGUGGAAGAAGAAGCUGAGGCAGGAGAGGGAGGAGACGGAGACAAUGGAGAAUUUGACUCGGCUGCUCUUGGAGAAUGUGCUUCCUGCACACGUGGCCCCCCAGUUUAUUGGCCAGAACCGGCGCAAUGAGGACCUCUACCACCAGUCCUACGAAUGUGUCUGUGUCCUCUUCGCCUCAGUCCCAGACUUCAAGGAGUUUUACUCUGAAUCCAACAUCAACCAUGAGGGGCUAGAGUGUCUGCGGCUGCUCAAUGAGAUCAUUGCUGAUUUUGAUGAGCUGCUCUCUAAGCCCAAGUUCAGUGGGGUGGAGAAAAUCAAAACCAUUGGCAGCACCUACAUGGCAGCUACAGGCCUAAAUGCCACCUCUGGACAGGAUGCACAGCAGGAUGCUGAGCGAAGCUGCAGCCACCUUGGCACCAUGGUGGAAUUUGCAGUGGCCCUUGGGUCUAAGCUGGACGUUAUCAACAAGCACUCAUUCAACAACUUCCGCUUGCGUGUGGGGCUGAACCAUGGACCUGUAGUGGCUGGAGUGAUAGGGGCCCAGAAACCACAAUACGACAUCUGGGGCAACACGGUGAAUGUGGCCAGCCGCAUGGAGAGCACAGGAGUCCUGGGCAAGAUCCAAGUAACAGAGGAGACAGCCUGGGCCCUGCAGGCUUUAGGCUACACCUGCUACCGCAGAGGUGUUAUCAAGGUCAAAGGCAAAGGGCAGCUGUGCACCUACUUCCUGAACACAGAUUUGACACGAGCUGGACCUCCCUCAGCCACACUAGGCUGAGACCCCACUCCCUACUCUUCAUCUCGAAGAUCCUCAGUAAAGAGACUGGAAUGUCUGGAGCAAAUUGAUGUGAGAAACUGCUGAGACAGCUUCUGGGACCACCUCCACGCCUCUCAGCCGGACUGCUUUUCCCCAGGUCACACAGAGUGGUGUGUGUGUGCAAGCAUGAGCGUGAGUGCAUGGAAGGGAAUGAUUCUUUACACAAGCUCAGGAAGAGAACUGCCUCAGCCUCCCUGCCUGCCUGCCAACCUGAUUUCAGUAUUUAAUAAACCUUGGAAGUAUGAAGAAUUUUAGCUGCAUGACU